AUGACACAACAAAAAAAUAAUUCUGAUACAAGCCAAAGGCAUCCAACAAAAGAAUAUGAUAUUAAGCCUGUAAGAACAAUAAUGUUGAUUGGUAGGACCGGUAGUGGAAAGUCUGCUUUGGCCAACGUGAUAACUGGUACAAAUGAAUAUGACGAAGAUCCAAGUUGUACUAGUGGAACUAGAAACUAUCGAAUUCAAGAUCAUUUAAUUGAUGGUAAAUUGUAUAGGAUUGUUGAUACUGUGGGGAUUGGGGAUACAAAAUUGUCAGAACGAGAUGUUUUAUACAAUUUAGCAGAGGCAGCUGAUUCGAUUAAACACGGAUUGCAUCAAAUUCUAUUUGUUAUAAAUGGGCGUUUUACAGAAGCAGAAACCAAGGCUUAUGAUUUAUUGAGAGCAGUUAUUUUCGAUAAAGAGGUUAUUGAGUUUACUACAAUUGUAAGGACAUAUUUUCCUGAAUUUGAAGAUUUGGAAACGUGUGAAACUGAUCGUGAAAAAAUGAUUGAAGAGAAUGGAAAACUUUCAGAAAUAAUCCAAAGAUGUAAAAAGGUAAUUUAUGUGAAUAAUCCACCAUUGGCUGGUCGUCCUAAAGAAAUUGAAUUAAACAAGGAAAUUCGAGAAGAUUCGCGAAACAAAAUAUUAACACAUCUAAGUAUUUGCAAAGACAUGUAUACACCAAGUCAUUUAAGAAAUACGAAAGAAAAUGUUGGUAAUUAUAUGACUGAAAAUGAAAGAUUACAAAAAGAAGUUAUAGAUCUCCAAGAACAUCAAACAUUUCAUUGGUUAAAGUCACUUUCACAUGAUUUUAUCACUUCUGAAAAAUGA